UUAUCUAAAGAAAAUAUAAAAGUACAGAUUUAACGUAAAAGGUACAACGAGAGAGGAUAGUAUUCUCUCUAAAUAUUCAGCUCCAAACGCUUUUCCCUCUCUGUCCUUCAGCGCCAUCUGGGAUAAACCAACGAAGUAAAAAGCCGGCAGCAGUUCAGAUGACUCAGAAACAGGAAACCUUUCUCGGAACUAGUCAGGACUCCGGACUCUCCCACUUUCUAAAGCUUCCCUUAGCAAUGCAUUCAUCAGAAAUAGGAGCUGGUGCGUUCUCCGGAGAAAUAUGAAUAACUUUGCAUCUGUUGUCCGAAAAGAGAAGAGUUAAAGCAAUUAAUUUCGAUCGAAUUAAAUUCACAAAUGAUUUUUGAAAAUUAUUUAUUAUAAUUUAUAAAAUUAACAGAUGCCAAAAUAUAGCCUAAUUUUUUUAAACAAUGUAAUAAAAAUAUAAAAACUAAAUUAACGAAGAAAUGUUUGGAAGGUAUAUUUAGAUUGGGAAGAAAACUAUUUUGUAUACUUUUUUUACAAUUGGUAAAGUAUUGAUUCAAGAAGCAAUAAGACAUUCAUAUCGGAAAAAUCUGAUUGACUUGAUACAAGGUGUGUUUUUAGAGGAAUUAAAAAGAGCUAUAACUUUAAACUUAACUUAUAUUUUUAAGAUAAAGUUUUGAUAUAGAAACAGAUAUGACAAAUAACGUUGUGAAUUAUUUGAAUCGUCAUUUGUUUCGGCGGCAAUAUUUAAAAACAUUUUAUAUCACCAUUUUUCUUCUUGCAGUGCCUUUAUGUACAAUUUUAUUCAUUACAGUUUAUUCAGGUAAUCUUACUGAAAAUAUAUCCCUCCAACACCAAAUUGCACAACUAAAAGAACGACUACGUCAUGCAAAAAUGCUAAGUCAAGAGAGGCUGAGAGAUAUUACUUCAUUAAGGCAAAGCUUUGACCAUGUUUUGCAGUCAUCAAGCAUUUUCACUCGUACUAGUGUCCCUAAACAAAAUCUCCGGGUUUUCUUGGGACGAGGAACGUUAUGGCAGCAACAUAGUGCAGUCCAAUACAGCAGUACGGGUGUUGGCAAUGCAAAUAGUAGAAAAGAACGUGAUUUUGAUGAUACAUUGGACUUGCAGUUGCCUUCUUUACAUCAUUACUUGCCUCAUCUCAUAAACAAUUUUAAUGGACUACAACCAGCAUUUAAAAUUGCCGGUUCUAGAACUGGAGUUACCAUGGUAAUGGGGAUCCCAACUGUCAAGAGACCAAUCGAAAGUUACUUGAUACCAACUCUAGAGAACUUGAUAGAGAAUAUGGACGAUAAGGAACGGGAAGAUGCGUUACUUAUCGUCUGCAUAGCGGAGAUCGAUGCAAGUUAUGUGAAGGAACAGACACAAGAGAUUCGGAAUCGGUUUCAGAAACAUUUAGAUUCUGGUUUAUUGGAGGUAAUAGCUCCACCAGAAGCAUACUAUCCUGAUUUUAAGAGCUUACGCAACACCCUUGGUGACACCGUAGAAAGAGUGAGAUGGAGAACAAAGCAAAACUUAGAUUACGCUUACCUAAUGAUGUACGCCCAGGCUAAAGGAACCUUUUACGUUCAAAUGGAAGACGAUAUUUUGACUAAACCGCAUUACUUGACGAUCAUGAAAAACUUUGCCUUCAAGAAACUAAGAGAGAACAAAGACUGGAUCAUUCUGGACUUUUGCCAACUAGGUUUUAUAGGUAAGAUGUUUAAGGCUGUGGAUUUGUCAAAGCUUGUAACGUUUUUCGCCAUAUUUCACAACGAUAAGCCAGUGGAUUGGCUGCUUGACCACAUGAUACAAACGAAAGUUUGCCGCUUUGAUCGAGACAGUAAAGAUUGCAGAAAACAAAAAGACAAUGUUUGGAUACACUAUAGGCCUUCUUUAUUUCAGCAUGUUGGUACGCAUUCAUCCUUGAAAGGCAAAGUUCAAAAACUAACGGAUAAGCAAUUUGGAAAAACAUUGACACACUACCCUCAUCACAAUCCAAAAGCAGUUCUGAGGACAACCUUGAAAACUUUUGGAGACCACACCCUUUCUCGUGCGUACAAAGGUGACACUUACUUCUGGGCUUUCAUGCCAAUGCAAGGAGAUAAUAUAACGUUUCAUUUUUCACCUCCUGUUUUAAUUGAAAGAUAUUUCUUUCGAAGCGGUUGCUCAGAGCAUCCAGAUGAUAUUUUAGUCAAUGCAUCAGUCCAAGUUCUUCCAGCAGUUAAUCCGAAAAUUCCAGAGUUGAUACCUUAUCCAAACACUUCUGAUCGAUUUUUGGUGGUUGGUGGAUUUUCAGACAGUUCGGGUGUUGCAGAUGGUUCUAUAAUACCCACUGUAGGCCCAGUUAAAACACUUCGAGUUCAUAUUGAUGAAGAUGUCAAUCAUUGGAUUGCUUUGAGUGAAAUCAUUUUGGAAGCUGCUCCGAUGCAGGCUCUUAUGGCUUCUGUCUACAAUAUCAGUUCCAUCUUUGCUCCAUUCUCUGCAACAAAUGCGUCCGGGACAUCAUAAAGUCGGGAGACAUAAAGCAUUAUCGUUUCGAGGUAUCUACAACAGUAAUGUAUCAGGGGAGUUUUGUGAAAGGAAUACACAAAAUGUCAAAAGGUCAGAAGAUUAAAAAGCCAGAAUAUAUUUUUGAAAUUUUUCAGUGGUAUAUUAUUCGAAAGAAUAAAGAGGGGAUUCAUUAAAAGAAGAACCACUGGAAGUUUUUUAAAAUGCCCAAGCAAAGAGAAACUGGACAUUGUUUUGAAGAAAGAUUCCUAAUAUUAUGUAAAAUUGUGAUAAAUAUUUAAUAAAUACUAUACUAAUAAAAACUUUUUAUAUUA